AUGUCGAGACGCUACGAUAGUCGCACGACCAUCUUCUCACCCGAAGGCCGCCUCUACCAGGUCGAGUACGCGCUAGAGGCCAUUUCACACGCUGGAACCGCCCUGGGAAUCCUCGCAAACGAUGGCAUCGUUCUCGCAGCCGAGCGGAAAGUGACGAGCAAGCUGUUGGAGCAGGACACAAGCGCUGAGAAGCUGUACAUCUUGAACGACAACAUGAUUUGCGCUGUUGCAGGUAUGACCGCUGACGCCAACAUCCUCAUCAACUACGCCCGCCAGGCCGCCCAACGCUACCUCCUCACAUACAACGCCGAUAUCCCCUGCGAGCAGCUUGUGCGGCGACUAUGCGAUCUGAAGCAAGGAUACACUCAGCAUGGUGGUCUGCGGCCGUUCGGUGUCUCCUUCAUCUACGCUGGUUGGGACAACCAGCGCCAGUUUCAGCUCUACCAGUCGAACCCAAGCGGCAACUACACUGGCUGGAAGGCAACGAGUGUGGGCGCAAACAAUGCGAGCGCGCAGUCUCUGCUCAAGCAGGACUACAACGAGGACUGCAAUCUGAAGCAGGCAUGCGAGUUGGCUGUCAAGGUGUUGUCGAAGACGAUGGACAGCACCAAACUGUCAAGCGAGAAGAUUGAGUUUGCUACGGUGGGCAGGACAGAGAAGGGUACCAUCUACCACCACUUGUGGGCCGCCGAUGAGAUCGACACCCUGCUCAAGGAGCACGGUUUGGCGAAGGCGCCCGAGGAGCCAGAUGCGUAG